CCACGGUGAGCUGACACCCAACCCGGGGAGGGCAUGUUUGGAUAGUACGUACCCCAGAGAGCUGUCUCCGUCGUGCCAUAGCAAAGAGCCUAAACUGUUGCGGAUCAACUUUUCCUUGGCAUUUUGGUGUUGACGAUCUUUUAAAUGGACAAAGGACCACCGCCACCUGGUUAUGUGCCACAGCCGGGGUACGGGGCACCGCCACCGCAGGGGUACGGGGCACCUCCACCCCAGGGGUAUGGGGCACCUCCUCCCCAGGGGUAUGAGGCACCUCCACCCCAGGGAUAUGGGGCAUCUCCACCCGGUGCGUACGGGGCUCCUCCUCCAGGGGGAUACGCCCAACCACCACCGCCUGGGCCAGGGUACGGGCAACCGGCACCAGGGUACGGGCAACCGGCACCAGGGUACGGGCAGCCGGCACCAGGGUACGGACCACCGCCUCCCGCGGCCCAGCAGCAGACCACCGUGGUGAUGGCCCCAACUGCACCGCAGACAGUGGUCAUCCAGAAUGAACGCCGUGACAAGGUGAACCACGCCCUGCAUUGCAUCAUCAGCUUCUUCUUCUGGCCCUGGAUCUUCGUGUGGAUCUGUUUGUGCAUUGCCGAGGGUUAAUUACGGAAUUGACCAACAAUGGGCACAACAUAAAGACGACUGCCUUACACCCCAAUUCCGCUAGGAGACAAUCUUGCUGCGAACGCACUGCUAGCUAAGAGCGCUCAAUGAAUUUCAUAGACUGAAAAGAAAAUAAUCUUUUCAUGUUUUGUGUGAUUUGCUGUUUCUUUAAUCAUACUUUUAAGUUACAUUUUUACAUUUCAUAUUUCAAUAAUGAAAUCAAGUGUUGCACAAAACUAAUUUUGGUCGCAACGAGGUCGCCAUGCGAUAGCUGCCAUGUACUGAGGAAUCACAUAUCUUCAGCCGAGUUUAUAUUUGGGGCUGUCUGAAGCCAUGCUUGUGUUUAUCUUUACGUAUUGCAGUGAUAUUUCAUUUACAAAUGCGUUUUUUUAUUCAGCAUUAAAUAAACAUAACUUGAAUGUAUGCAAUGAACAUCAGUGAUCAUGACGUUCACAUUAUACACCCAUUCUACGACAGCAUCAAAACAAAUUCUACCACAUCAGUAUAAGGCAUACAUAUGCAUGCUUUCAAAUUGUGAUUUUAGGAAUGACAGAAACUAUCUAUUUCCAACUAAGCGUAAUUAAAAGAGGUACACCGCAUUAUUCUUCUAAGAUAAUUGUUGCAAACAAUUGUAAUAGAUAAAACAUCAUAUUUUGUGCCAGUAUGUACGUCGAGAUGUAAUUAUAAGCCUUUCGGACACUUAUUCAAUGGAGCUCGCUUGAAGAAUGUAUUAUUUGGACGUUGCCAACUAAUGAAUAUAUUUCAAUAAAUACAGAUGUUUCUUCCUUCUUA